CCCGAAUUGAAAUAUUGCCAGUCUGUGUAUCGAUCGGGAUAGACACCACGACAUGACGAACCAAAAGGUUGAUGAGCGUGGUGCGUGGGGGAACCAGGUGGAGUUCUUCCUCUCCUGUGUGGGCUAUGCUGUCGGGCUCGGUAAUAUUUGGAGGUUCCCUUACCUCUGUUUCAGGAAUGGAGGAGGUGCCUUCCUCAUACCAUACGUGCUCAUGCUGGCGUUAGUAGGUUUGCCUGUUUUCUUCUUGGAGCUCGCCUUUGGACAAUUUGCUUCCUUAGGUCCAAUUUCAAUUUGGAGAGUCAAUCCCCUCUUUAAAGGUAUCGGGUAUGCGUCCGUGUGCGUGUCCACUAUGGUGGCCAUCUACUAUAAUGUGGUCAUAGCUUACGCACUGUACUACCUAAUGGUGUCGCUGGUCAGUUUCGACAAUAACGUACCCUGGGCUACAUGUGGCAACUCAUGGAAUUCCGAUUAUUGUAUCAACAAUCUAACACUGAUUGAGGACAGCAUGAACGCUACUCAGAAACUCAACAUCCAGCUAGGACGGAUGAACGUGUCUUGCGUAGAGAAUACCAUCACGAAUUAUGGACUGCCGUACGAGAACCUCACCUACAACUUCGUCAAAAAGAAUCUCACGGAGUGCAGCUACGAGAGCUUAUACAAAACAUCAAGCGAAGAAUAUUUUACUAACUUUGUAUUGAGGCUGAACGAAGUUGACAACAUUGGAGGUAUUGGCGAAAUCAGCCCCAAAUUGACAGUUACUCUGCUUAUAGCUUGGAUAUUCAUUUUCUUCUCUUUGAUGAAAGGCGUCAAAUCUUCCGGAAAGGUCAUAUAUUUCACAGCCACCUUCCCAUACUUGGUGUUGGUCAUUUUGUUGGUGAGAGGCCUUACGCUCGAAGGAUAUAAGAAGGGGAUAGAGUUUUAUAUUAUUCCUAAAUGGGAACAACUCGCCAAUCCGAGGCCGUGGAUUGAUGCCGCCAGUCAGAUUUUCUACUCUUUAGGACCAGCGUUCGGAAGUCUUAUAACGAUGUCCAGUUAUAACAAAUUCAAAAAUAACUGUUAUAGGGACGCCAUUUUGGUCGCCACAAUAAACUGUGGUACGAGUGUAUUCGCAGGUUUUGUGAUAUUUUCCGUGCUGGGAUUCAUGGCUCACAUUACCGGCAGAGAUGUCCAGGACGUCGCCACCAGCGGUCCAGGUCUUGUUUUCAUCGCCUAUCCCGAAGGCAUUGCCAGAAUGCCGUUCCCCCCUAUUUGGGCGUUUUUGUUUUUCUUCAUGUUGCUGUUACUCGGAAUGUCUAGCCAGUUUGGUAUGGUGGAAGGAGUUAUAAGCGCUCUCUCAGAUGAAUUUCCUGGUGUGCUACGCAGAUAUAAAACGUACUGGGUGUUUUUUGUGUGCAUGACACUUUUUUUACUGGGACUAACUAACGUCACUCAGGGUGGUAUAUGGGUACUAACAUUGAUGAAUGACUACUCUGGAUCAUACGGGAUACUGUUCAUUGCCUUUUGUGAGCUGGUCGCCCUUAUGUGGUCCUAUGGCUUGACUAAUUUCUGUGAUGAUGUUGAAAUGAUGCUCGGAUUCCGACCAAACAUCUUUUGGAAAGCUACCUGGACCGUCAUAUCACCCCUCAUUGUUCUUGCGAUCAUGGUGGCAUCAGUGGUAAAAUUCGUGCCUUCAGCAUAUGGUGAUUAUGUGUUCGAGGACUGGGCACAAGGUGUCGGCUGGGUCCUGGUGGCUAUUCCGGUAUUGUGUAUCAUCGUGGUUGCCAUAAUUCAGCUUGUAAGAUAUGGGGGGUUUAAAGCAGCAACGACACCUUUAGAUUCAUGGGGGCCGGCAGAGGAGGAAAACAGGACUGGCCGAUACUCCAGUGCGUUUAAACGAGCUAAUAGGGACUUUCACGUAGCCGAUAAUAACGGAUACGUGUCAGAAGAGCAUUUGCCAGAGGAGAAGAACGGUCACCCUCCAGUGGAAAUGACUGAGAUCACAAUGGACGAAAAAAUGUAAAAUAUGUAAUGAAGGAACAUCGACAGUCAAGUUAUCUUCAUUUACCCAUCCAGGCACAAACAGAGGGUAUAACACACAUUAAUAAAGACAGUCACAAUAGAUUACUCAAACUAACCAGUACAACGCGUAAAACUACCCACAAGUCCAUGAAUAUCAAGUUACCAUCACAGCCGGGUAAACCAUUUGCACAACAACUACAACCACAAAAUAAUAUCAACAGUUACCAUCACAGCCGGGUAAACCAUUGACACAACAACUGCAACCACAAUAUAAUAUCAACAGUUACCAUCACAGCCGGGUAAACCAUUUACACAACAACUACAACCACAAUAUAAUAUCAACCGUCAACAUCACAGCCGGGUAAACCAUUUACACAACAACAACAACCACAAUAUAACAUCAACAGUUACAAUUACCACAACCACAGUAUAGACAGGUACCCACUUAACGGGGUACCACCUGCACAGCACGACCAUCUAAAAAAAAGACUACGAGUUUAUGAACAUGAUAUUGUUGAUAUAUAUACAUGGACUCGAAGGUGAAACGAGCGACGGAAGUAAUGAAUGUAGUAAAAACAAAGACUGCAUUUCACUGGCGAGUGGACAAAGUGAUGACCACUUAUUUGUGAUAAACUUUUCAUGGAUCACAUUACCAGAGUGAAAAAUAUGAUGCCAUAGAUAAAAUGUGCUUGUUGGUUUAUCUUUGCAGAAGUGAGACCUUCAUUAUUCAUCCGCAUUUAGACCUUGUAAAUGAACAGUAGCAUAUUUAACGGUUAAUUUGAAUUACAGAAGUGUUGGUAUUGGCGUUCUAACGAUAUAGCUGAUGUGCCUAACCUUACGUAAAUCAUUUUUGUGUGACUUUUUCGAUGAUAGCUCAAGAAUUGUGAUGGCACGCUUAAACUGUUUUCACGAACAAGAACUGCGACAGUGAAUUUGUUGCAAUAAGAUGGUGUUUGCUAUUUUACGUAAAGCAUUUGAUUCCGUAUUUAAAUUGUUCAAUUUAUAUAGAACAUUGCUUUACUUUAAAAUGUCUUUUUAUCUGAUAUUAAUUAAUAUAAAUGUGCAAUUAAAAGGCAUUAACUUUGUGAACAUGGUACUUAUUGUACUUAUUGUAAAUAGUCCACUUGCUUUUUUCACUUUUCCAUUCUAUAAAUAUGUAUUUUUUUAUUCUAAAACAUUUUCACUAUUUAAAGUAGAAUAAGGAUUCUCUCCCACUGCACUGUUGUUUUUUUCGCAUGUACACUUACCUCCCCUUAAUUUCGUUUUAGAUAUAACUGUAGCAUAGUUGGGUGAGGACACUUCUUUGUCUAGGUGGCUCAGUCGGUAAGAUAAAUAACAAUCGGAGGUCGACGGGUCUAGCUCCUUGGAAUGUUGUUGAUUAUAUUCUGUGCAUUUUAUAUUUAUCAUUUUGCAUAAAAGUCCAUAGGGUAUGGUUUUCUUUUCAGUAGUGGUGUAUCUAAGCUCUAGUCUUGCUAUGGAUAGAAACAGUUUCCGAUGCGUAUUUAUACUUUGUUGCAGCGUAACGGGGAACCUUAAUAUAUAAUAUAUCACUAUGAGUUUUAUAAAAAAAAUGUUGUUUAUUUAUAAAUAUUUAUGGGUGGAUAUAUGGGUUUGUAAAUAAGCAAAUCGAUUCAUUCUUAGUAUAUCAAUGCAAUUUAUGUACCCACUUUCACCCAUUUCUUACUUGUUUCCGGCAAAAAAGACGUAUAAAAUAAUACAGGUAAACCUACAAACUUAUUUCAUAAUAUCAAGGAAUAGAAAAAGCGUUCCAAUGUAGUUUUACUGCAUUAGCAACGCAUCUAAAAAUAAACUAUUCAUUGAAU